AUGCGAUCGAUAACACAAGACGUGGUUAUUCGAAUGCCGGGAGAAGAUAUACCGGAAGAGACAAAGGAGGGAAGAAUUCCUAUAGAAAGGAUAACUUCCAAGAGAAGUUUUACAAUGUUUGUAGAAGAAACAAGUUGUGUUUCAACUGUGGCUCCCCAGAGCAUGCAAGAGCUAAUUGCCCUGGUAAUGCGAGGCCUUCCUAUUAAGAAACACAAGACAAGUAAACGAUGUGGUAUAACUAAGAGAGUUACUACCGCAGCCCCACACCAUGAUACUACUAUACAUCAAAAAGAUGUUCCUACUUCCGCUGCACUUACUAAUAUGACUACUGCAGCUAAACAUUCUGUCGAGACUUCACUUCAAAAGGAUACCUAUUUGGGUAACGUUGCUUCUCCUAUUGAUGAUGUUGUAAAGAAUGAUGAUUUUAUGUAUUCCAAUAUACCUUGCGUGACAGAAAAUCACAAGACGGGUGAUAUUGAGGAGAGGAGAGAUUUGGAAGAUCUUCCUCUAGUGUUCUUAGUUCAAGAAGAACCAUUAGUUGGUAAGAAAUUGGUUAUCAAUUGUGAGAUUAAAAGAAAAAAGGUACAAGCUUUGUGCGAUACAGGUAGUCCUACUUCGUUUGUAGAUGCGAAGCUAGUUGAAAAGUUAGGGUUAAAAGAGAAACCUUGUAAUACAUUUACGUUUAAAGGUGCGGUAAGUGAAACAACAGAAACCUGUGUAUCGUUUGUCAAAGUACCAAUGAAAAUUAACGAUAAGAGAAUAAUGAUUUCUGCUUAUGUGGUUAAGAAAUUCCGAUAUGAGUUAUUGAUCGGUAACCCAGUUAUAAAGUUACACAGUGACGUGUUUAAAGAACUGAUUGAUGUCAAAAACGAAGAUAUGUAUUUGGUAGAUAUGAUAACUGAUGACAAAGAGAAACAAAUAGAACAAGACGCCGAGUUCUUGUGUAGAAUAUGCCCUAUUGACAUAAGGAAUGAAAAAGAAAACGAGUUGGAUGGAUUUGAGAAGUUACCAGAAGGUCUAAGGAAAAGAUUUCAGACCCAUGUUACUAAUGAACUUCCAGGAAAUCCAGGCCCAGAAAAUUUUGAGUAUAAUAUUGUAUUGAAAGAAGGUUUUAAUCCACCAGAAUUAUACCCGUACAGGUUAACGCCCAAGAUGGAGCAAGAAUGUAGAAAGAUUCUAGAGGACCUCAUCAAGAAAGGAUUUGUGUCAGAAUCUAAUGCUGCCUGCGGAGCGCCUAUUAUAUUAGUACGUAAAAAGGAUCAAACAUGGAGAUUAGUUGUUGACUAUAGAGAAUUGAAUAAAGGUAUUGUAAAUGAAAGUUUCCCAAUUCCUUCGAUCACUGAACUAUUCGCGAAAGUUGGUGAUGCAAAGGUAUUUACAACUCUAGAUUUACACUCAGGAUACCAUCAAUUAAGGUUGAACGAGAAGUCAAAGGACUUAACGUCGUUCACGACACCCUUUGGUCAUUUUAGAUAUGAAGUAUUACCGUUUGGUAUUAAAACGGCCCCAAAGAAUUUUAGUAGAUUUAUGAGUAAAUUAUUAGAUGGAAUCGAGAAUGUAUACGUCUAUUUAGAUGAUAUAUUGAUUGCCACAAGAGACAAAACUGAACACUACAAAAUACUAGAGAAAGUAUUAGAGAAACUUAAGAGUAAUAAUUUGUACUGUAAAAGGUCAAAAUGUCAUUUUGUAAAAGACAAAGUAAAUUAUUUAGGUCAUGUUUUAACUGCUGAAGGUUUAAGUGUUGAUGAAAAUAAGAUUAGUGCUAUUAAAAAGCUAACUAUGCCAAGCACUAUAAAAGGUAUGCAAACGUUCUUAGGAUUAGCGAACUAUUAUAGGAAAUUCAUAAGCAAAUUUAGUGAAUUAUCACAACCGUUAUAUGAUUUUGCAUCCAAGAAAGCAAAAUUAGGAGAAAAGCAAAGAAUUGCGUUUGAGAAACUAAAAGAAGCAUUAACGUCAACUCAAGUAUUAGUGCCAUUUGUGGAAGGAGACCAUUAUGAAUUAACAUCUGAUGCUAGUUUACAUCAUGUUGGAGGUGUGUUAGAAAGAUAUGAGAAUGGAAAGUUAAAAGGUGUAAUUGGAUACUUCUCAAAACAUUUAAGUGAAACACAAUCUAGAUAUCCAGUUGGAGAAAUAGAACUAUUAGGUAUCAUAUUGAAUCUUAAACAUUUCAGAUACUAUUUGCAUGGUAGAAAGUUUACGCUUAAUACUGAUCACUCUUCGUUGCUAUCGUUUAGAAAUAAGACAGAGCCCCAUCUAAGAUUAGCACGAUGGUUAGAUUAUUUAGGAGAAUAUACGUUUGAAUUACGAUAUAUCAAAGGAACAAAAAACGUAGUUGCUGAUUGCCUAUCUCGCCCAGAAGAAAUAUUACCAAUUGUAGAACUAGACAGUAUAAAUCCUAAAGAUUGGUUUGAAGAUUUAUUAAAAGACCCAUGGUCUGCUGCAAUCUUAGUUACCCUAGAUUCAAAGUUUAGAGAAAAGGUAAAGUGUAAAGACAAAAGACAAUAUGAAACGUUGUUACUGAAAUUUGGUAGAUCAAAGUUGAUUAAAGAACGCUACUCUUAUGAAGAUAAAACUCUUUUAUAUGAAAAACGUAUUUGUGUGCCAAAUAACAGAAGAAGAGAAUUAUUACAUGCUUUCCAUGAUUCAAUGUUACAAGGAGGACACUUUGGUGUCGCUGCCACCACGGAAAAAAUUGCAGAUAAAUUUUAUUUCCCGAAAUUACAUAAGUAUGUGGAACGAUAUAUUAGACACUGUUUGAAUUGCCAAUUGAACAAGAAGACUGCCAAUACUACUCAAGGCAUGUUAAAACCACUACCCGUUGCCUCAGGUCGUUGGCAAGAUUUGUCUAUUGAUUUUAUUACGGGACUCCCACCGUCACGACGACAUAAUGAUAUGAUUAUGGUAGUUGUCGAUCGAUUUUCGAAAAGAUCACAUUGGAUUGCGAUGAAGAAAACAGCUAACUCUAAAGAUAUACUUCAAUAUUUAUACCGAUAUAUCUUUGCAAUGCACGGUUUCCCACGAACGAUUGUAUCUGAUAGAGAUAUCCGUUUUACUGCUUCCGUAUAUGAAGAGUUAACGAAACGAUUAGGAAUUAAAUUAUUGUUCAGUUCAAGUAAUCACCCACAAACAGAUGGACAAACUGAAGCUGUGAAUAAGAUAGUAAACCGUCUAUUAAGAACAUUUUGUAGUCAAGAUCAGGAUUACUGGGAUGUAUAUUUACCCCAUAUGGAAUUUUGUUAUAAUUCAACUCCGGUUACGAGUACUGGUAUUUCACCAUUUCAAGCUGAUAUUGGUUAUACACCAAAUACACCGUUGUUAGAUACAACUAAUGAACUAGAUACAAGAAACUUUAAUGCUACAAAAAUGACUAAACAUUUGAAAGCUUUAUCAUUACGUAUUAAUGAUUCAUUACAGUUAAGACAGGAACAAAUGGAAGAAACUACAAAUGCUAAAAGAAAAGAAAUUGAUUUUCACAUUGGAGAAUAUGCUUUAUUGCAUAGAGAUGCUUAUUUUACAGGGGGAAGAUAUUUGAAAGUACAAUCAAUUUAUUUAGGUCCAUUUAAGAUCGUCAAAGUAGGUACAAAUGUUGUAGAAUUAGACUUACCAUCAAGUUUUAAAAAACACCGUACUAUCAAUAUAAAAUGGAUUAAACAUUUUUACAAUGACCCAGAAAAAUACCCAAAACAAUUACCAAGAACGAAAGAAGAAAGAAUACACAGAAUCACAGAAAUUACAGCCAUCAUAGGUUAUGAAACAACAACAGGAAAUUAUUAUUGUAAGAUGUUAGAUGUCAAUCCCGAACUAACUGCCACUUACGAAAAAGAGGAAAUCAACUUAUUACCCAGUUCUCGCUUGAACUCUUUAUUAGCAAACUAUAAACAAUUGCUAACCGAGACUUCAAAUUAA